AUGAAAUGUGCAGAGACCGAAAAGCUGAAUCUGAGACGCGAGCUGGGCCUUACCAGCGCCGUAUCUAUGGUUGCGGGGAUCAUGAUAGGUUCUGGGAUUUUUAUGUCUCCGCAAUUUGUACUGGUUUACGUUGGGAGUCCUGGGACAAGUUUGGUCAUCUGGGCAGUUUGUGGUAUAGUCUGCAUCUGCGCUGCUUUCUCAUAUGCUGAGAUGGGCACGAUCAUCAGAGAAUCUGGAGGAGACUAUGUAUACAUCCUGCGUAUUUAUGGACCAUGUCCUGCAUUUGUUGUGGCAUUUACAACCCUGUUUGUGUUAAAGCCAUGUGGGAUCGCAGCUAUUGCCUUAAGCCUUGCAAAGUAUGCCAUGGCACCAUUUUACCCAGGCUGUACACCUCCCAUACUAGUAGUAAAGUGUAUAGCCGCCUCGUGCAUCUUGAUGGUCGCCACUGCCAAUAUUCUACAUGUACAGUUUGCUCUGGCUAUUCAGGUUGUUUUUUUGGUGGCCAAACUGGUCGGUCUAAUGGUAAUAGUUAUUGGAGGGAUAGUGACACUUGCACAAGGACACUUUGGCAGCCUUAGCAGUGUGGAGACUGCAUUUGAAGGCACAAAACUUGGUGUCAGUCCUGUUGGAAUGGCAUUGUAUCAGUGUCUGUGGUCAUAUGCUGGAUGGUACAACUUAAACUGUGUUAUUGAAGAAGUGAAAAAGCCUGAGGUUAACCUGCCAAGGGCACUGAUGAUUGCUAUUCCCAUGGUGACCAUUCUUUACCUACUGGUUAACGUCAGUUAUCUAGUUGUUAUGACACCCACAGAGAUGAUAUCAUCUAGUGCAGUAGCUGUUACUUGGGGGAAUAAAGUAUUAGGAGGAUGGGGAUGGAUAAUGUCUGUUGCUGCAGCACUUUCAUCUUUUGGAUCGCUUAAUGGAUCUUUCUUCAGCGGUGGACGAGUGUGUUACGUGACGGCAAGAGAGGGACAUAUGCCAGAUAUUUUGGCCAUGGCCCACAUGAAACGGCUCACUCCAUCUCCGGCCCUUAUCUUCACCACUAUUAUAUCCCUCAUUGUGCUCAUUCCUGGAGACUUCCAGGGCAUAAUAAACUUCUUCAGUUUUACAGCCUGGUUUUUCUAUGGGAUUACAUUAUCAGGACUUCUGUAUUUAAAAAUCAAGAAACCUGAACUUCCCCGAUCAAUUACGGUACCCAUAAUUAUCCCCAUCUUGGUGUUGUUGGCUGCUUGCUUCCUGGUGUUGGCACCCAUCAUCGAUGAUCCACAGAUUGAGUACCUCUACGUGACCAUCUUCAUAUUGAGUAGCAUUUUGAUUUACAUCCCCUUUAUUCACUUUAAGCUGUUCCCAGGCGUUUUAAAUAAACUCACAGUCUUCCUUCAACUCUUUCUUGAAGUGGCGCCAACUGACAAAAACCUGUGAUGCGUAGGGAACAGGAAAAUGCAAUGCUUUUCGACUUGUUGAAACUUGUGUCACACCAGGGCACCUUGUAAUGUUUGAAAGUGUUAUAGGUUGUAAAUGUCACCUAUUAUAUGCCUUGUAUGCCUUGACUUGCAAAUAAGCAGUAAACAAAUGAAUGAAGCAAUAAUAGGUAUUUAUCUUUUAAAUCAUGUGUCUCUCAUGUAACGCAUAUGUAAUUAUAAAAGGUCAGAUACUGGGAGAGUCAUCAGUUUAUAAGAUUUAACCCCCUAUUGCAAAGUAAUGUAAAGUUGCCUUAAUUGUACUUUAAAUAAAAUGUAAUUAAAUAGAUUUUGGAUCAAAUUUUUCAGAUCAAUUAUUUUAUACAGUAGAAACUGAAGGGGAAACUUACUGUAUAAUAAUAUAUAAACAUAAGUAUUAGGA